AUGGGAAGACAAGUCAACUUGCGUUUGAGACCGUUGAAGACCUCGCUAGUGAAUUUACCACCAAUUUUGGUUUCUCAACUUUCCGCGCAAUCCAUCACACCGCAGUCUCUAGCGAUUGAACUAUCUCGAAUCAAUCCUAGUGAAGGCUCUAAUUCGAAAGAAGAGGUCAACAAUCGACUCUUUGUUGGAUGGUCAGGACUUCCAACAACAGAUCAACACGAUACACAUCUUCCACGAUCUGAUGGAACGAUUGCGAACUUUAUUGAGCCGAUCGAGCUUGACAGCUCUUUGGCUGGGGAGAUGGGAUGGCAAGAUAACGAUCGAUUGUCGAUCAAAUUUCAUCAUGGUAUGACCGUAGCCAAGACCGUUCAUGUGGAUCCAGUGUCUGUCGAUGAUUGGGAAAUCUUGGAAUCCAACCCACAAUACCUCGAGGAUCAUUUCUUAACUCAGAUUCGAGUUCUUGCAGAAGCUCAGACGGUCCUCGUAUGGCUAUAUGGCAAAACUGUCAUCCGAGUCAAAGUCACCUCAAUCGAAACCGCUAUCCCAAACCCAAAUGCAACAACAAAUACUCCCUACUUGAUCACUAACGAGACUGAAGUCGCUGUCGCACCCAAACCACGCUUUGAUGCUAAGAGCGAAGAAACUCAACGCCACCAGAUUCUCGCAGGCGAACAGACUGCCGAGCAAUCGAUCAAGCCACAAAAUGAUUCAUCAUUUGACAUUCGAAAGCAUAAAUUGAAGCUAUUGCCCCAUCAGACUCUCUCGAAGAUAAGGAAAGAAGAAGCCCCCGAUACCUAUUCAACUGUAGCGGAUGUUUCCUCUCAAGACUUUGAGGUUGAUGCAGAUCAGAAUCCGAUUAUAAGGAUAAAUCCAAUCGAGUUUCGACACUUGGAAGCCAUAUUUCCUUCUGCUCUUUGUUCACUCACCCUAAUCCCACGACCAAAUCAACUCGCUCCAGUCAAGUCAUUGCACAACACAAGCUCUCAUGAGCAAGAGCCCUCGACAUCCCUAUCAAAUUCAAGGGCUACUCAUUCGACUAAAACUAAUGGUGUGGGACACAAGCUGGUUGACAUGAAAAAUAGGAAGCCAGUCUCUUCCCGUGAUAUCUUGGCGGGCUUCGAUGAUCAUAUUGAAGCUUGUUACGAAUAUCUACGUGUCUCAAUGGCAACAGCCGAGCUCUAUAUGACUGUUCCAGGUCUGCUGGUUUGCGGAUCUACAGGAUCAGGAAAAACAUCCCUUGUCAAGCAUGUAGCUGAUCUGGUUCAUUCAGAUCCGGAAACACUAUUAUGUCAGAUUUAUGUAGAUUGUAAGAAACAUGUCGACGAUCGACUUGGAGUUCUGAAGGCUACUUUCAACGAUUGGUUUGAUGAUGUGUUAUGGCAUGCUCCUUCGGUACUUAUCCUCGAUGAUCUAGAUUCACUGUUCCCGGCCGAAUCCGAGCACGUUGAUUCAUUCCGAUGUCGACAUUGGAGUGAAGAAUUUGUGUCGAUUGCGCGGGAUGCUAUUGAUAACCGGAUGGUGAUCUUGGUUGGAACUUGCUCAAGUUCUAGCUCGCUUCAUAAUCUUCUCACCACCGGUACUCAUCUCUUUGGUGAGACUCGAAAUCUGAAGGGUUUGAAUAAAAUUAGCCGGAAAGAAAUUCUAACAGCGCUAGUGGAUUCGAAGACUAAGCAGUCGGAUCUAGAUAUCAGCUCUUUCAAUCCCUUAUCAUUCUCAAGUGACAAGACUGAAGGCUAUCAACCCGCGGAUUUGAAAGACUUGGUAGAUCGUGCAGUCCAACAGUCAUUGAUCAGAUACUGCCGAGAGCGUGUGGAAGAUAGAUCUGGACCAGUACGUUUGGAAGAUGUCGACUUUGAAGAAGCUCAAUCCGACUAUAUCCCUAUCUCACUACGUGAUGUGAAGCUUCAGAAGUCAGAUGUCGAGUGGGCUGAUAUUGGAGGCUUACAUGAAACCAGAAGAAUCUUGAGAGAGACUUUAGAGUGGCCAACUAAAUAUGCUUCCAUCUUCGCGAAAUGUCCGCUACGUUUACGUUCAGGGCUACUUCUAUACGGAUACCCUGGUUGUGGUAAGACCAUGUUAGCGUCAGCGGUGGCAAAGGAGUGUGGUUUAAAUUUCAUCAGUAUCAAAGGUCCUGAAUUACUAAACAAGUAUAUUGGUGCAAGUGAGAAAAGUGUACGGGACUUAUUUGAUCGUGCUCAAGUGGCACAACCGUGCGUUCUGUUUUUUGAUGAGUUUGAUUCCAUAGCCCCAAAAAGAGGGAACGACUCAACUGGAGUAACAGAUCGUGUGGUAAAUCAACUAUUAACUCAGAUGGACGGAGCUGAAGGAUUAGAAGGAGUCUACGUCUUGGCGGCAACGUCUCGUCCAGAUCUGAUUGAUCCGGCGCUCCUUCGACCUGGUAGACUGGACCAAAGCUUACUGUGUUCUAUGCCUAAUCAGGCAGAGCGUUAUGAAAUAUUACAAGCAGUUUCACGCAAACUCAUUGUUGAUCCUGACUUACAGCUGGAAGACAUAGCUAAAUAUACCAAUGGCUUCACUGGCGCGGACCUUCAAGCGUUAGUUUAUGCGGCUCACUUAGCUGUUGUUCAUGAACAGAUAGAUUCCGAAGCCCACCAUAUGCCAGAGGCAAAUGGAACUACAGAUACUCCCCUAGAGUGGUGCGAGAUCUUACCACCAGAGUCUGCUCAAGAUGGAAUUGUUAAGAGUCGGGCUGAGGAGGAAGCUACAAGGGCCAGGGUGUGUGAUUGA